CAGAAACGUACCGAGUAUCGACUGCACAUGGUUCCGCUGUGGAAAUGGCCUCGUCUAGUCACCUAGCUAUAAAUGCCAAAUGAGCUGCUUUAUUUUGGGGGCGGCCGAGAGAAGAUAGUCCCGUGUGAGCCACCACCCGGGCGUCCUUGGAAGUUUGUGACGGUAAUUUGAGGAGAGACUUGGCAGAAAAACAAUGCCACAUUUCCUGUGGCCAGAGCCGCUGUCACCCGCACAACUGAAGCGGCUGGAGGAGCAUAAAUACAGCGCCUCUGGUCGGUCCCUGUUUGAGCCGCCGUGUCAGCUCUACUGGAACUGGCUCGUCCAACAAACUCCGACAUGGGUCGCACCAAACACUCUCACUAUCGUCGGACUGCUGGUCAAUAUCAUCUCCACGGUGGUGCUUGUGUAUUUUUGUCCCACGGCAACAGAGGAGGCUCCAGCAUGGGCCUUCAUCAUGAGCGCUCUGGGCCUGUUCAUCUACCAGUCUCUGGACGCCAUUGAUGGGAAGCAGGCCAGGAGGACAAACAGCAGCUCACCUCUGGGGGAGCUCUUCGACCACGGCUGCGAUGCAGUCUCCACAGUCUUUGUUGCCGUGGGAACAUGCAUUUCAUGUGGAAUAGGAAGAUAUCCAGACUGGAUGUUCUUCUGUGGUUUCAUCGGGAUGUUCAUGUUCUUCUGCGCCCACUGGCAGACCUAUGUGUCCGGGACCCUGCGCUUUGGCCUGAUCGACGUCACAGAGGUGCAGAUCGCCAUCAUAAUCAUGUAUUUGAUGUCAGCUUUCGGAGGCGUAAGCCUUUGGCAAACCACGUUGCCUGUCAUUGGACUGAAGCUAUACUACUUCCCCAUCAUGGGCAUCAUCGGCGGGGCUCUCUACUCCUGCUACAACUACUUCUAUGUCAUUUUGAACGGAGGUGUCGGCAAAAACGGCUCCACUGUGGCUGACACCAGUGUGCUGACUCCUGGUUUGCACAUCGGCCUCAUCCUCACGCUGGCCUUCAUCAUUUUCAAGAAGUCGUCCAGCGAGCUGUUCGAGCUCCACCCCUGUCUCUACCUGCUCGCCUUUGGCAUGGUCAUCUCCAAGAUCUCCAACAAGCUGGUGAUUGCACACAUGACCAAGAGUGAGCUGCACCUCCCGGACACGGCCUUCAUAGGCCCUGGCCUCCUCUUCCUCAACCAGUACUUCAACAGCUUCAUCCACGAGCACAUAGUCCUCUGGAUUGCCAUGGUCUUCUCUCUUCUGGAUCUAACACGCUACUGCACGGGCGUGUGCCUCCAGAUCGCCUCCCACCUGCGCAUCCGGGUCUUCAGCAUCACGCCGCCGAGCAACGCUCACCGCGACUGACGGCUUGCCCGGCGGGAGGAGGAGGGGGAGGAUGCAGACCUCUCCCCGCUCCUGAAAGCAGAUGAUGACGAGGAGGAGGGACACUCCUCCUCGACCCUGAGCCACUGCAGCCUUGACAAAGUGACCACCUCUGAGUAAAAACUGCCUCUCCCACAAGACGGAAAAAUAAAACCUACUAAACUCUACAAACCAAAAAAAAGAAAGAAAAAGUUUUGAAAAGCAUGGAAUGGAAGAUUAUACGGGACUAAAGUUUCCCUUCAAAGUUUUUAAUUUAGACGAAAGUGCAUGUCAGAAAAGAAGAGUUCCUGCUUGUUCAACUCAAAUACCAAAAUGUUUCUCUAACCUUUGCUUGGGCAAAUAUCAAAGUAGUUUUAUCGGUUUUAAAUUUUCAGACAUGUUAUUGUCAUACAUUUCAUAAAUAUACAGCGAAUAUCGAGAUAAAUCUCUUUGAUGUAUGCUCAAACUAAACGGACUAACUCUUGGAAGUUUUCUUAAUCAUUUGUUUUAUUUAUUAAAAAAAUCUGACUUAAAUCAGGGCUUAAAAAUGCAGAUAAUUUUUUUUUAAAUGACCUUUAAAACCUCAUAAUUUCCAAUGAAGUUUGCAAUGUGGGCUGGCAGGUUGUCAACGCGGUAUGUGGCGGGGUAACGGUGUGUGUGUUAGUGCCGAAAGCAACGACGGGUUCUCUAUCAGCCUUCUCUUAGAAACACCUUUACAUUAAUAUUUGUAUCCUCAGUUACUCAUCUCAUCCUACAUUCCUGGAAAUAAAAUAACACGUUACCUCCGGCCUUUUAGAGCACCGUCGACUGAUGAAGCAUUAACACACAACUCGUUCUGCUUUCUCUGUUCUUCUCCCUAAAGGGCUAAUUAUGUUGUGAUUGUACAGAAUUCAAAUGAAAACGCCUUAAAUAUUUUUGUUGUAAUUACUGUUAAACUUGUGAAUAUUUAAAACAGCUUUGUACGUUUGUUUUUUUUCACUGAAGUAUCAUACCAGAUGCAAUGACAGUAAUAAUACAGUGCUACGCCACUGUUCACUCUUCAAGUUUCUUCACUCAUACAAAGGUACAUGAUGUAUGUUCAAGAUUUGUUGGAUUAUCUGACUCAUUAUUCAGGUUCAUAGGGAUCAAAGGGGAUGUUUCUGUAGUGCGGGUAAACUAUAUAAGGGUAAAAAACUAUUGUACUUUUAAAAUUAUCUUCCUCUCAGUUUCUGCUCCGGCAGGAUUGUGGACACUAAAAAGAGGGGCAUGUUCUAAAAAGAUGGUUUUCUGUUCGACUUUGGAACUAUGCAUUGACAUGUUCACCCUUUGAUUUCAACACCAUGUUGCACUGUUCAAUAAUACAGUAAAACACAUUUCUACUAACAGGUACUGUAUGAGUGGAAAAGAUUGUAAUAAAGAAAAUAUUUUUUAUGA